AUGUUGAAUACUUUAUUGCUAUUUGUUUUGAUAUUAAAUUUAUGGGGAUAAACAUGUUCUGUAAAUUAGAUUACAUGUGAAUCUAUUAGUGAUAACAAUUUAUGUUACUAAAUGAAAGAUUCAAAUAAUAAUCCAGUUUGCGAGUGGAAUACAGAUAAAUGCGAAAAGUCAAUGCUUUAUAAUUUGCCUUGUUCUAAAUAUACAAAUGAAUACUUCUGUAUUUACAAAUCAUAUGGAUGUAGAUGGGAUGGAACUAUCACAUCUAAUUAUGAAUAUGAAUUAAUGAAAACUAACGUGAAUGGAAAAUGUAUUGAGUAAAAGUAUUUAAAUUCAUAUUCCAAAUGUUCAAUAGAUGCGAAGAUUCCACUAGUGAGUAUGAUUGUUAAUCCUUUGGCCAAUUAUCAUGUGAUUGGUAAGAUGAUCAUUGUGUUUAAGUUACAAAAUGUAAAGAUUUCUAAACUGUCAAAGGCUGUAGAAAUACUAGAUUUAAGGAGAGGUUUAUAUCAAUUAUUAUUCUUAGAUGUAUAGCACUAGUAAAUGGACAUGUUUUACCUAUUUCAUAAAGAGAUGCUACUAUUUUUGAUUCUUUUGAAUGUGUAGUACUAGAGUGUAAACAUAAAGAGUCUGAGUAUGAAUGUACUUUUGCUAAUGGAGUUUAAUGUAUCUGGGGAACCAAGUAAAUUAUUUUAUUUAUUUUUUAGGGGAUGCUCUGUUUGUGCUUCUUAUUUAACUUAUGAAUCUUGUACUUAAAAUAAAGGAUUAUGUAUGUGGAAUUAAAAUCAAUGUUAAAAUAUUGAGUAUUUUAUUUUACAAAAAAAUAGAUGUUAACAAUAUUAAAAUCCUAGCUUAUGUAAAUUGAAGACAGAAUAAUGUGAAUGGAAUUCAUUAAAAAUGAGAUGUUAACUCAAUUCCACUUAGAGCAAUAAUCAUUGCUAUUCAGAAUAUUUAGAAUAAUAAAAUUUAGCUUAGAUCAUCUAAAUUAUUUUUAUUGUUAUUUUUAUUUUGAUUGGAUGA